AUGGCCUGCGCCAAGAAUGUAAAGAAGAGUGAGAGCCUAAAUGAAAAUGUUUUCGAAGUGCUGGACAAGAUGGAGGCUCUUCAAAAUGAGCGAACGAGAAAGUGGGCGGAGCACAUGGACGACAUGGGUGCGGAAAGACUGAAGCUGGCCAACAUGUUGAUGGAGACGCUGGACUCCAUUGAACAGGAGUCCGGACUCUUCCUCAUCAAACCCAUGUACUCUUUCAGGGGGAGAGAGAUGAAGCAGAAGUAUGUUGGGAAGUUGUCCCGUCCAGGCCGACCCCUUCGAGCCUCCCCCAUCCGUGAGACGGUCAGUUCCAUGGCUCCUGCUCCAACCCCCUCCUCCCACAUCAGACCCCUUGAUGGCAGUCGGGCAUACCACAAGAUCAGUUCAGCAUCGACCACCUCACACCCGGAACCACUGCGCCCCCUGGAGGGAGACAGUGGAGGGGUGGCGGGGGCGUCCAUGUCGUGGAUGGGGCAAGCUCCUCGACAAACCUGGAGUUUUUCCUCAUCUCAUGCUAAACAUGUGUCUGCUGACCCUCUAAGUCUGUACAACACUCCCAGGAUACUAGAGCUGGAUAUAAACAGGAUGCUGAUUGGUCAGAACAACAUCAGUCUUGAACCUCCAAGUUUUGGUCUCGUCUCCAUAGUUUCCUUUGUUAAACUGGACCGGGUGCCCCAGUGA